AUGACCCCACCUGGGAUAAUUGUCAGCAACUUUUACAGGCUCUGUUCACAUCCGAGGAAUGAGAAAGAAUUAGAAGACACGCUAUUCGAACUCCCCCACACUGUUUGGGGAAGCUCUCAGCAGAGAUCUACAAGAGCCACCGAGGGACUCCUGGAGGCCCUACAAGGUCUGGGAUAUCGAGUGUCCUGGAAGAAAGCCCAGCUCUGCAAAACCAAGGUAACUUACUUGGGUUAUGUUCUUGAAAAAGGGAAAAGAAAGUUAGCUGAAUCCAGGGUGUCAGCGAUCCUUCAGAUCCCCACGCCCAGCUCAAAGAAGCAAGUGCGUGAAUUCCUGGGGGCCAUAGGAUACUGCAGAAUCUGGAUACCUAGCUUUGCUGAAAUUGCCAAAGCCCUGCAUGAGGCUACAGUGGGGGUAAAUGCACCCCUUGAAUGGACAGAGGCUUGCCAGCAAGCAUUCCAGACGCUCAAGACUGCGCUCACCACAGCGCCAGCCUUAGCCCUGCCUGACUUAAAUAAACCUUUCACCUUAUAUGUGGCAGAGAGGAACGGGGUGGCAAAAGGAGUGAUCACACAGUCUUUGGGGCCUUGGAAGCGACCUAUAGCCUAUCUGUCCAAAAGACUUGACCCAGUGGCCAGAGGAUGGCCGUCCUGUUUAAGGACGAUAGCUGCGGCUGCUGCUUUAACUCGGGAAGCUGAUAAACUGACUUUUGGCCAGGAUCUAACUCUGAUCACUCCUCAUGCUAUUGAGCCCCUGUUGCACAACUCACCAAGCAGAUGGCUAUCAAAUGCUAGAUUGUUGCAGUACCAGGGACUCUUGUUAGAACAGCCGCGCAUUAAAUUUGCCACAACCUCUAACCUGAAUCCUGCUAGCCUGCUCCCUGAAUCAGAUGAUCAACUGCCCAUCCAUGACUGCCUUGAGACUCUUGAAAAUCUGCAGGGAGGACGUCCAGAUCUGACGGACCUGGCCCUCCCCCGACCUGAGGCAACAUACUACACUGAUGGAUGCAGUUUCGUACGUGAAGGUGUGCGAUAUGCGGGAGCAGCAAUAGUCAAUCAGGAUCAACAGGUAAUAUGGGAACAAGGGCUGCCCCAAGGGACGUCAGCACAGGAGGCCGAACUAAUCGCUUUAACUAAGGCUCUGGAAUUAGGAAAAGGGAAAAAGAUAAAUAUUUUCACUGACAGUCGUUAUGCUUUUGCUACUGCCCAUGUGCAUGGAGAAAUUUACCAGAAUAGAGGACCUUUAACAUCAGACGGGAAAGAAAUUAGAAACAAAGCUGAGAUAUUGGCUCUGCUGCAAGCCAUUUGGCUGCCAAGGGAGGUUGCCAUUAUUCACUGCCGUGGACAUCAAAGGAAUUCCAGCCCUGAAGCGAUUGGGAACAACGCAGCUGACCAGGCAGCAAAGCAAGCUGCCCAAAAAUCAGUGGGGAAACAAAUGGUGCUGCUACCUACACCCGUGCUCCCAGAGGGGCCUAAAUACACAGAGGAAGAAAUAACGGAGAUGAGUAAGAACCACUGGACCAAAGGAAAGCAUGGAUGGUGGACGACAGAUGAAGGGAAGAUCGUUCUGCCAGCUGCGGUGGCUGACACUUUGCUGAAUGAGCUCCAUGAAUCCACCCACCUAGGAGACAAGAGAAUGAUGGCCCUGCUACGGCCCCACUUUGUCAGCAGAGAAUUAGCCCAGAAGGCCCGGGACAAAGUGAGACGGUGCCCCACCUGCCUCAAGGUAAACGCGAAUCGGGUAACUGGGCCCCCAGGGGUCCGAUAUAGGGGACUGACUCCCGGAGAGCACUGGGAACUGGACUUCACCGAGAUGAAACUAGGCAUGUAUGGUUACAAAUAUCUAUUAGUUUUCAUAGACACAUUCUCAGGGUGGAUAAAAGCAUACCCUACUAAAAAGGAAACAGCUGAGGUAACAAUAAAAAAGCUCCUGACUGAGAUAGUUCCCGGAUUUGGCUUGCCCUUAGCCCUGGGGUCCGACAAUGGCCCAGCCUUCACGGCUAAAGUGUCUAAACUGAUUAGCCUAAGCAUUGGAAUUAGAUGGAAUUUACAUUGUGCUUACAGACCUCAAAGUUCAGGACAGAUAGAAAGAGCUAACAGGACACUAAAGGAGAUUUUAACUAAAUUGAGCCUAGAGACUGAAUUAAGUUGGGUGGAGCUUCUCCCUUUUGCUCUGCAGCGUAUUCGAUGUACUCCCAAGCCUCCUCUGAAUCUGUCCCCCUUCCAAAUUAUCUAUGGGCGUACUCCCCCCUUGGUUCCCCAUAUAGAUAUGGAAUUAAAGGAGAAAUUCUCUCAUCUGAGUUUGCUUAAGUCUCUGAGAGCUUUACAUGAAAUACAGUCUCAACUACAAGACCAGGUUAGAGGAUCUCUGACCCUUCCUCAUGAGAAACCUUUACAGCCACUGCCCUAUAAGCCGGGAGAACUGGUUUACAUUCGCAGGUUUGACUCCAAAACCUUGGAACCACGGUGGAAGGGACCUUUUCCAGUUGUCCUGUCUACUCCUCUGGCUGUGAAGGUUGCAGGACACCCGAUGUGGAUCCAUCGCAACCACGUCAAGCCCGGACCAGACAACAGCCCGGAGGCGCAUGGAAAAUGGAGCGUCGUCAGCAGACCCAGAGAAUUGAAAAUAAAACUCCGCUCAACUGGACCUUCAUUAUGA